GUUCAGCGCUGCUAGCUGUAUGCAACAGGUGGUCGCGUUCUUGGCAACGGAUUGCUGUGUGCGGAAAUGCUCAGAAAUUGUUCAUUUUGCUAAAACUACAUGGUUCGUUGAAAAGGGGAUACGCUUUAAAAACCCUAGAUCGUAUUUGUGGCGUGAUCUGCUGCUCCAGUUAAUUUCUUGUUUGUGAUAAAGAUUAUUUUUUUGAAAUUAAUGGACCGAGAAUAUUCUCGGUGGACCGUGCACGCACGAUGCCAUUCAGGCAUGGAAUGCCCGCCGUCCAAUCGUUGAUUAACUCGGUCGCUGGCACACGGUCACCUCGUGCAAAGUCCGGGACUGAUUUCAUCGUGAAUUAAUUAUGGCAUCGGCAGCAGCUAAAAUCCACAGGUGUGGUGGAGGAUACAGCAUGCAGUCAAAACAGACAAGAGAACAUACCACUCGUCACCAGACUCCUGGAUCAACAAGAUACCAGUCAACUGACCCCACAAAGCCCCCAAAGACGACAUCGAACCCCGCCCCUUCCUGCCCCGCCCAGCAUGAACCAGCCGACUCCCCCGAUGACGAGUUACCAACGAUUCUAAUCACCGCUGAGGACCUUGGCUUGGAUUUUCCGAUGGACCUGUCUUCAUCUAGAAGAUCUGAGUCUAAUUCACCUUCACCAGCAAAAUCGCCACGCCAUGCCAUGGAAAAGACGCCACGGGCAGCACGGCCAAAGACCACGUCCAGUUUCAGCCGCUCCCGGCAGCAGCAAGCCUCUGGCGGCAGGCAGAAUGCCCGACCAACUUCGUCCCGAAGUCCAGGGUCGUCUUCCAGGGCUGGUCGGUCCCAAAGGAGGCGGAGUCGUAGUGGAGGACAGGGUCGGGUCGGGUCGAGGGAGAGGAAGGCCAAACCAACCACAGCAUGGUCCGUUACUGAGCUGCCGGACGAUGACAUUUCUGUGGCCACUGGUGGUUAUGAUGAGACUCCAGAACCAAGUGAACUUGACUUGUCUGUCUCAUCAAUGCAAACUUCAACAGAUGAGCAGCCAUUGGUGGAGGAGUUUGACGAGUACUUCCCUAGUGAGGGCGGUGACAGCCUGCGAUCGGACGAUCCAAUCAGAAGGCUCAUUGAGGGACCCCCUGUGGACGAUGCGGAGUAUGACACGGAUCUAGAGGAGGAAUUUGCCCCAGACAAGGAGAUGAUCUAUGAUUCGGCAGGCAAGAACGUUUACUUGGCAGAAUGUAAGCAGGAAGGUGUAGACCCGGCGUGUUAUGUUGUCAGGCACCUCCAUGAGACCACAUUCAUUAUGAGGCAUCGGUACAUCGGCAUGCAGGCUCUUAUUCCACUGGCCAAGGCCUUUAGGAGCAACACGUGCACAGAAACGUUGGAUCUGAGUGACAACCAUCUAGAAGGAGAUGGAGGAGCUGUUAUUGCUUACAUGAUGAGAGAUAACUGCUACAUCACAAAACUGGAUGUGUCUGAGAACCAGAUGAGAUAUAAGGGCGCUUCAGGGUUUGCCUCCAUGCUGGAGACCAACUACACUCUCAAGAUACUCUCUCUCAGCUCCAAUCAUCUGACGGAUCGAGAUGCGCUUCGCCUGUCGGAGGGUUUGAAGAACAAUAGUACGUUGACCCAGAUUGACCUGAGUCACAACGACAUGGGGGAGUUGGCUGGAGUGCACCUAGCCUCGGCACUGGCAUCAAAUGAUGGUCUUAUUUAUCUGGACUUGAAAUGGAACGGAAUUCGAGGAAAAGGUGUCAUAGCUAUCGCCAAUGCUCUUAAGGUAAAUACGGCCCUAGAGGUUCUGGAUUUGUCUCAGAAUGGUGUCACCCUACCAGGCUGCACAGCAUUCCUACAAGCAUUGAAGGCCAACACGGGACUCAGGGUACUAGACUUGAGCUCAAAUCACAUAAACACUCCUGGAGCUAAGAAGCUUGCCCUUGGAUUGAAGAAGAACACCUCCUUAGAAGCAUUACUACUCCGUGCAAACCCCAUGGGUGAUGAAGGAGUGCUUGCCGUAAUCAAGGCCUGCCCAUACAGCACCAACUUGAAACUCCUGAGUCUACAGGAAAUCACUUUAUCAUUAGUAGUUCAUCAGAAGAUGCGUGAAGUCCAAGAUUCGUGCAAUCUGCACAUUCUCAGCAGGGAUUACAGCGGCCAUAGAAGGACCGUGGCUGUCAGUCACCUGGUUGCCAUGGUAGACCAGUUCAUCAUUGGUCAACAAGCCAGAAUCCUAUACAGCUGCUUUGUCGUCGAUGAGCAGAGAACCUGCAUGGUGACUGCCCAAGAACUCCGCAAGGUCUUACUGGAUACGGGACUGGACUUGAGCAAUGAACAAAUUGAUAGCGCUCUUUCGCAAGUAGGGGUGCUCCACUCCGACAAAAUACCGUACAGACCUCUGCUUGAUGGACUCUCUGCACUUCAACAAAGGUCCAGACCAGCUGUGAACAAUACGAGCUAGCUGGAGUUUAGGAACAGUACAAUCCUCAUGGUCUACCGUAGGUGAAACUCUUGUGGCCUAGUGUCUAAUUAGUUGCCUGGCCCCACUGUGUGGCUUUGUAAAAGUUGGCAGCUGUCACUCAUGGUGAGGCAUCAUUUUGAAUGGAGGCAAAGGUUCCUUGAGAGAGUUCUGGCAUUUGCAGUGUCUGAAGGUCUUCACGAUCUUGGAGCUAUCAGACUACUCGUGAUGCAGAUGGUUUCAAAUGAGGCUUCCUCAAAUCCGGACUUCUUGUGAGUUCUUUUGAUCAGAGCCACAGGGUCCUAGAUGGAGCUGGUUCUUCCUUACAAGCUUAAAGCUCUUGAUAUUCCUGGAUACUUGCGGGCAAGGUUUGCAAUGACCUCAGCUCCAUAGGUGCUUGGGUUCCCUCGUCGUCUGGCUAGGAAUACUUUCGAUUUUAUAGCCACAUGGUUCCUUGAAAGAGCUUUGCCUUUUGUUUUAACUGGAGUACUUCACAGGCUUGGCGAGACUGGGAUCCUUGCUGAGGUUGCUUGUCGCCAGAGCCCCCUCCCCCUUAAACUCACCUUUCAUUUGACCUGGCGAGGACUCCUGAGCCAAAGGUUCCUUGAAACAUCCCCUGGAAUAUUUCAAAUUCUUGCAGCUAUUGGAUUACUUGUGGCUAAGCAGUCGUUUACAACCAAGCGUUCUGGCUUCCUGCGAGUCUUCAUUUCCUUCAGUCGAAAUAAUUUAUUCCGAACUCUGUUGCAGCAUCAGAUUAAUUUGGUCUUCAAAUCCUUUUCGGUUUAGAUUUGCGCGGUUUGAGGAUUGGGUUUUACUUUACCAUUGGUUUUACCAAGCAAUUAUGUUGGUUAUUAGGUUAUAUGCAGUGAAAGGUUGUUACAUAAGUUUCUAAACGAUUCACUGUAUUAUUUCGUAAACUUACGCAAGCUUGCUUUUUACCUACAUAAUUUUGAAAUAUUUUGGUUUUUUUAGACUGUGUGAGGUUUUUAGAGUGUGUAAAAGUUUUUGAAGUCUGGUGCUGUUUACUUCCCGACUCUAAUAAUGAAAUCCAUAAAUCCAUCCAUUUUAUUUUUUGAGAAGUGUAUAUUUUCAAGAAACUGACAUACAUGUAUAUCCUAUAUAUCUAUUUUAUUUCUUUGAAUAGGAUAAUUUCUGAUACUGUGUAUCGAAUAUUAUUCAGAAUUUACUUGCAAAUUUGUCAUUGGGUUAAUGCUGGAGAAAUACGGUUAUACUCUGUUGGAAAUAGUAACUUCUUUUUUGCUUACAGUAAUGGUUCCUAAGAAUUUUAUAAAAUUGUUGUAAAACUCUUCUAAAGGAAUAUUAUAUGAUCAUUUGUAAACUUGCCUUUUUUUUUACACUGGACAGAAAACCAUGUACAUGUGCAAUAAUUUGUGCAUUCUCAGUGUUUCCACUAUUUAUGAGCAUUCAAAACAAUUUUGACUGCAAUUUCUUUUCACGUGUCAUAUUUCUAGUCAAGAUGGGAUCUUCAUUGUGUUUAGUUGAUUGGAAGGGCAGGGAAUAUUAUAUACAUGUAUACAUUUGGUGUACAAGCAUUACAUUCACUGUGUGGACUUCCAAACAAAAGA